AUGGCCUCGGUCGCAGACCCCGAUUUGACGACCCUCCGGUCGCUGCUCUCCGACAAUGAAAUAAUUAGUCCAGAAUCACCAGAUUACAUCGAAAGCAGCAAGACGUGGGCUUCCCAGAAGCAAUACCGUCCCCGCCUCGUCGUGCGACCGACGUCCAUUGAAUCGCUCAGCAAGACCAUCGCUCAUCUAUACUCGACAAAGCUCGACUUCGCCAUCUAUGGCCAUGGAUUCAUGUCUGCGUCCGCCAAGGACGUGGUCGUGAAUAUUUCCUGCUUUGAUGAAUUCCAUCUCAACAAGUCUUCGACGUCGGCCACCGUUGGCGCCGGCCAGACGUGGGAGCAGGUCUACCAGAAACUAGAGGAACAGGCACCGGAAUAUGGCAUCGUCGGCGCCCGUACACCAUCCGUGGGAGUCGGUGGAACUAUUCUCAACGGCGGCUGGUCUUGGCUUUCCGGCGAGUUUGGCUGCAUCUCUGACCCGAUCAACUUCCUGGACGCACAGGUCGUCAAGUAUGAUGGUUCGGUUGUUUGGGCUUCGUCAGAGCCAGAUUUAAUGUGGGCGCUUCGUGGCGGAGGAGGCGGUUUUGGAGUCCUCGUCAACGCGGUGCUCCGUGUGUUCCCCUAUCCUCGCGAUAUUUGGACUGGGUCGAUCCUAGUCCCCAGUGAGCAUCUGGAACAGGUGGCCGAGGGAGUUUCCAACUUCGCCUCUCAUGAGUCCGAUCCCAAGGUCACCAUGUUCUUAUACGUUCUGAAAGAAAAGGUGCUUAAAUCGAUCGCGCCAGAGGCCACGUCCGACAUGAUGGUGAUUCAUGCGUUUGAUGCUAACGGUGAAGCCCACGGCCGAGAGAGCUUUAAAUGGGCAUUGGACAUUCCUGGUGCUAUAGAUCAAACCAAGAUGAGCACCUUGGCCGGUGUGGCGGAACUACAGAAGAGUGUUUCCAACGUGAAAGGAACGAUGGCCCAGUACUGGGCUCCGUUCGUGCUCCAGGACAUCCCAAAGGAGAUUGUCAUGAAAUCUGUCAAAUGGAUGCAGGGCCUUAAUGAUAUCGACGAAGCAAUUGCUGACUCGACGUACCUUAUCUUUGAAGUAUUCUGCACACGAGACCCCCCUGGGCCUAUAUCUGAGGUUGCCUGGCCCAGACCUCCUCGCAGCAAACAUAUUCUCCUCUUUGGCCCUGGAUGUCCGGCCGCUGAGGCCCAAGAUAAGGCGGCCAUUGCUCGCAAGUUGGCAAUUGAAGUACCCACCGCAGUGUUGGGUAGCGACCAAGAGGUGCACAUUCUACCUAAUGGGGCUGAAGAGUACCAUGACUCGAAAAAGAUCUGGGGUCCGCAUUUUGAGAAGCUACAGACUGUGAGGAGGCGAUAUGAUCCACAGUGCAGGUUCAGAGCCCCAGUCGAGUGUGAAAAUUAG